GGGGGGAGCGAUGCUUGAGUUUGACACAGACUGUUCUGACAGCGGUGGAAAUCCAGCAGGUGGCUGCCUCAGAAAGAAAAGCUGCUCCAGACAAUAUAUUUGAAGACAACAUUGAAGUAAGUCGUGACAGGUAGCUGUGAAGUAAAAACGAUGGACCGAUCUAAGCAGAAGCAACACCAACAAAACGAGAAGCAAGCAGCGUCUGCAGGUGAUAGUUCAGUAAAUGGACAUUUUGACGGGACGGCGAAAAUCACGAACCGCACCGGGUUACCUCUGGCGGGGUCCGGGGAAACGAGUGGCCAGUCAUCCAGUGCCACCGAGAGCUGGAGGGAAGAACGCACCCGGAGUCUGGAGGACAAUGAGAUGAGCUUGCCAAGUAUCGCCGCCGCCUAUACUGCCAUUCUCAGGGGACUCGGAGAAGACCCUCAAAGGCAAGGACUUCUCAAAACUCCGUGGAGAGCCGCGACAGCCAUGCAGUUCUUCACUAAAGGCUACCAGGAGAAAAUUAUUGACGUGCUCAACGAUGCCAUAUUUGACGAGGACCAUGAUGAGAUGGUGAUCGUGAAGGACAUCGACAUGUUCUCCAUGUGUGAACACCACCUGGUGCCCAUCUUUGGCAGGGUACACAUAGGCUACCUGCCCAACAAGAGGGUGCUCGGGCUCAGUAAACUGGCCAGGAUUGUGGAGAUUUACAGCAGAAGACUGCAAGUUCAGGAGCGGCUAACAAAACAGAUUGCCGUGGCGAUCACUGAAGCCUUGCAGCCUGCUGGCGUUGGAGUGGUCAUUGAAGCAACGCACAUGUGCAUGGUGAUGAGGGGGGUGCAGAAAAUGAACAGUAAGACGGUCACCAGCACCAUGCUGGGGGUGUUCCGUGAGGACCCCAAGACACGCGACGAGUUCCUGACGCUCAUCAGGAGCUGAGGUGCCCCCCCGCGCACCCCCUCCACACACACCUUGGCCACUAACCCUCAAGGAUGGGACCUGAACCUACCAACCAACCCACCCACUGUCCCCCCCAGCUGUGUCCCUCCUCUGCCUGCCUGUGUGGAUCCUCACAGCCUCGCGUGUCCCUCCUCAGGCUCUCAGGACAGGCUGGACUCUCUCAUGUGGGGGGGUGCGUCUGUCUGACCUCCACACACGUCAUCUGCUCUCACCUUUUUCUCUCUCUCUCCUUCUCUCUGUUCUCCUUCUCUCCUCCCUCUACAUCUCUCUGUUCCCCCUUUCUCCUCCCUCUCCUUCUCUCUGUUCCCCCU